AUGAGCAACGAAGGGCUGUUUACGAAUUCUAAACAAAAAGAUCCAGAGCGAUCUUCAAAGCUUGUGAAAGGCGCUUUAAGCGUUGCAGCAAUGAAAUUCGGUGUAACAGCAGACACUGUUAGUGCAAUCUGGAAGCGUGCACAGCAGUUCCUCGCUGAUGGCCACAUUUCAGCCGAUCUUGGAUCGUUCAAAUGUGGACAUGUUGGAAGAAAAAAGAAAGAUUCUGAUGUCGACAAGGUCAAGGUCAAUUCACCUGUGGAUCGUCAGAAUAUUCGGUCACUUCCUGCCAAAUUGAAUAUGUCGCGCCACUGUUCAUCGUCGCCUCAAAGAAGAGUAAAAUUUUGCCUCUCCAUGUUAGAUCCUGUGCAGGCACCGCUCUUUCAAGAUAUGAUGAACACGGUUCACAUUGACAAGAAGUGGUUUUACAUCACGAAGACGAACGCGAAAUAUUAUCGCGCUCUCGGGAAGCAAGCCCCACAUCGAACCUACCAAAGUAAGCGUUUCAUAACCAAGGUGAUGUUCUUGGCCGCAGUGGCUCGACCUAGAUUUGAUUCUUACCAUCAACGUAAAUUUGACGGUCGAACUGGAAUGCUCCCGUUUGUCUAUCAAGAAGCGGCGAAACGAUGUAGUAAAAAUUGUGAAGCGGGAGCGUUGGAAACGAAAUGCAUUCAGUCGAUUAGCAAAGAGGAAGUGAAGAAGAAACUUAUCAAAUGUGUUCUCCCUGCAAUAAGAGAAAAGUGGCCUAAAGCGUGGCGUGGAAAGACCAGCGAUCGAAUCGUCAUCCAGCAAGACAGUGCAAGGCCACAUCCAUCCGGUGACGGUCCUGAUUUAGUCAACGAGUUGAAGAAAGACGGCUUCAACAUUUCGCUGCAUUGUCAGCCUCCUAACAGCCCCGAUAUGAACGUCUUAGACCUUGGGCUGUUUAGGAGCAUACAGUCACUUCAGCAUCAGAUUCCUAAAAAAAAAUAG